UGAUUUCUAAAACGUGUCAUGUUUAGUCACUAGAAAAAAUUAAUAUCAACUUUGGUCACUCGAAUUACUGAAAUAGUCCACAUAUAGUCACUCUCCGUUAGUCUCCAUCCAACUCCGUUAAUGGAGAUCGUUAUGUGUUGACAUGACUAACAUAAUCGCCUAAUCAGCGUCAUUUUUGGUAAGAAAUGGUAAACCCGACCCGCCACGUCACUCGACCCCUACCCAACCCACCCCCCUCUUCCCUUACUUUUCUCUUUUCUUGCUUCUAACCCUUCUUCUCCCAUGCUCCCCACCGAUUCCUCUCCGAUCUUCCCCAUCGAUUCUUCAUCCACCGUGGGACUCCUUCCUAAAUCAUAUCCCAUCAUCGGUUCCACCCUUGACAUCGCCACCAACAAGGAGCGGCGAGUCCGGUGGACCUCCGACAUCGUUCGAACCUCCCCCACCGCAACGUUCGCCCUCCACCGUUCCCUGAGCUCCACCCGCAUCUUCACCGCCAACCCGGCCAACGUCCAACACAUCCUCAAUUCCCCAACUAUCAGAAGGGCUUCGACUUCUGAACCACUCUGUUCGACCUCCUCGGCGGCGGGAUCUUCAACCGCCUCGUACGACAAUUAAUUUACGGCGAGUACGGAAAAGUAGUAGGAGAUUUGGUGUAAGGAAAUGGUUAAGUACCAUACAUGGGUCUGUAUAAGAUCCAACAUAACCUUCUUCCAAUAACUCGAGUUAUUGGGACCAACUGGUUUAUGACAUGGUAUCAGAGCUUAGUUUGUCCUUGAGAUCACGUGUUCAAGUCCUCACGACCCCCAAUAUUAAUCGUUGUCUUUCAAGCACAUGGUAUGGCGGGCCUGUGCAAACUUCAAGCCCAUGAGUCGGCUUUCGUUUGAGGGGGCGUGUAAGGAAGUGAUUAAGUACCAUACAUGGGUCUGUAUAAGAUCCAGCAUAACCUUCUCCCAACAACUCGAGUUAUUGGGACCAACUGGUUUAUGACAUUUGGCAACGUGAUCUCCCUCCGCCUCGUCGGUGGUGGUUGGAGUCGAUCCAAGGAAAAGUCAAUCAUAGAGUCAGGCCAAAUGCUCCUAAUGUCUUCUCAAUUUAUCUCGAAGAUGAAUAAAAAUGACCAGACUGAAAUCACCGUUGACAAUCAAUCCAAGCAGAAGUAAUCAUUCAAGCUCUUAAUACACAACGAUCAUUCAAAAAAAGGGGAAGUUGAGGAAGCUAUGUGUUAGGAAGUGGGACCAACUGGUUUAUGACAUGGUAAUAGAGCUGGUUUGUCCUUGAGGUCACGUGUUCAAGUCCUCACGACCGCUAAUAUUAACCGUUGUCUUUCAAACACAUGGUAUAACAGGCCUGUGCAAACUUCAAGCUCAUGAGUCAGCUUUCGUUUGAGGGAACACGUAAGAAAGUAGUUAAGUAUUAUACAUGGGCCUGUAUAACGAUGGUGACGGAGCAGCUAGUGACAGUUUCAGCUGCAGUAGGCCAGCAGCUCUUCAGCUUCUCGUGGAACAUAGUUCGAUUCUUUGACGACUUCUAAAUACUUGUUAACGUGGUUGUAGUUAGCUUGUUCCUCAUAGCAACUCUUCAAAAGGGCUUCCUUGUAAUGAUUGAUGGUAUACGCUUGCAGUUGGGAUCCUCCAUUCGAAGCUGCCUCACUCCCCACUUGACUGCCAACAUUCAUACCACAACUGCCUUCUUGAUUGCUACUGCCACCUGCUCCGUUGCCAAUCUAACAAAAAUUAAGGUAGUGC